AUGAAGUGUAUUAUCUUGACGAUUAUCUGUUUUUCAGUCUUAUCAAGUUCUCAUCGCCUUGGUUUUAGGAGACCUGAUAAUGAUUUCGAUACAGAUAUAGAUUCUGAACUUGGAUCGGACUUUGGAACGGAUUUUGAUGUGGAUGCACCGGCUAUAGCUAAUGCUGAGGCGGUCGCUGAAGGAACAGGGACGGCAAAAGCUAAUGCACAAGCUGUUGCAAGCGGUUCAGGACGAGCUAAUGCUGUAGCUAAAGCUAUAGCAAAUUCCAUGUCAAACAUGUUCGGACCACGAUCACAAAGUGCAAGUAGCUAUGAAAAAGGAUUAAAUUUUGGUGAAAAUCAGUUCGAUAGUGGUGCUAGUGGGAGUGAAAGUCAAAGUUUCUACAAAAAAGGUCACAAAGACUUCUACAAUCACGAACAUCAUCACAGCAAAGUAACUAAAAUUGAGCAAGCUGAGACCAGUGACGAACAUGAUGUUGGCGGUACUCAAGCCAACGACGAGGGUGCUCAUAAAUCAAAAGCCUUCGAUAAAUACGAUAACGGUGCCAGUUUCUUUGGAAAUAACUUCGAAAGUGACGCCCAAGAAGUUGCGACGACACUCUAA